AUGACCUCUUCACCAAUCAAUGCGAUCCCAAUAUUCAGCCCACAGACACCAACCGCAUACUCACCCAGAGAACGGUCAGAUACAAUCCUCACGACCUCCUCGUCCGACUCAUUCCCUCAUCUCCAAACACCUCAAACGUCCUCGAUCCUAGGUGUACUCAAUGGUCACCAAGCCGGAGCAUACAAACCAUCCGUGGUAGUCGAAUCACCUACCGGUGCGCUUGCAAUCAGUCGACGUCGUCAAAAUAGUUAUGGCUUCGGCAGCGCCCUGAUCUCGUCUUCCCCAGAGACAAUACUACAAGAUGGGCACAUCAGCUCUUCACUUGUUGAAGAACCUGAAUCACUGUUCACGAAUGGCAUAUCUCCCCAGCUCGAACCUCCUAUUGAGCUCAACAACCAUUCUUCCAAUGACUUUCAACCAGUCUCAGCGAUAUCUGCUGCAUCUUCCACCAAUGCCGGCUUGUCAGAACCUGAUGCUAGUCGGUUAAGUAUUUCAACAGACGGGACGCUCGACCAUUCCGAUACCACGACUACAAGCCGUCGAUCCAAAUUGAAGGCAGUGGUAAGGAGAAAGCUCGAAAGAUCCAAGAGCUCUUUAAGAAGUUUACGCAGAUUGAAAGAAGAUGAUGGAAACUCAACCUCGAGUAGACCCACAUCCCUACUUGAUGCGAACGGUAUCGCCCCUUCUUCCAGUAUCAAUAAUACGGUAGCGGUAAGACCCAGAAAAUCUCGACUCAAAACUCUCUUGACUAUAUCGCGCGCUCCAUCGUCCACCUCUGUCAGAUCGACCCAUGUGACCUCUGCGUCCCAUAGUCCCCCAUCCAGUGAACAAGCACAACCUUCCCAUCAACUCUCUCAUCACAUCGGUCAUCAUGAGAUUACGGUCCGAGAUUUCGCUCAUCCUCCUAGCGCUGUGUUCCCUGCGUCCGCUCGUACUCGACACUUCUCUAUCGAUGGAGUGGCUCAGCUCGAUCAAUUCACAUCCCCUGCCCAAGCCAUCUUCAAAUAUGUCUCGAAUAGCACUCAAGAUCCGAUCUAUCAGUCAAAUAUGGCAGGUGACUCGUCCUAUAUCCAUCCCGUGCGGAUCACCCGACCCCGUGCGACUUCGAUGCCUCUUCUCGAUACCACCGCAGCUGAUCUGAUGGGAGACGAGCCGGGCCAUGGAAUAGCGGAAAAGACCAACUACUUUGAUACUGUACUACCACGAGAACUCAGAUUACUGGUCAUGAAAACGCUUUUAGAGGUGUACAAGGCAGAAGGGGGUAUCAAAAGAUGGAGCGGAGAGACGGGAGGUCGGAGGGAAUUGAUCAAGCUUAGUAGGGUGUCUAAAAGCUGGCAACAACUCUGCCUCGAUGGUCAAUUAUGGUCAUCCCUUGAACUCACUCCUUACGCCCAUGUCCUACACCCCAACACACUCAAGAGAAUCCUCUCCUCCUCUCUGCCAUUCAUUACGACAAUGGACCUCAGAGGCUUAAAUCGGCUGAAGGGAUCAGUUCUUAUCCCUUCCUUGUCACCAUUCGACUGGACACCUAGCCCCCGCUCUGACAGCUUGACCGUAUGGCUGCCAAAUCUUCGGGUAUUGGAUCUUCUUGGAGCAACCAGAUUGAGUCCCUCCGAUAUCUGCUCAAUCAUCCUUGGCUCACCGGGUCUAAAAUUCAUCAACCUUAAAGCUGUUCAGGCUUGUUCUUCAGAAGUGAUACGCACCAUCGCAAGGUCAACUCGUCAGCUUGAAUAUCUAGAUAUAUCAAAAUGUAAAGAUUUGACUUUAGGCGACAUUAUCUUCCUCGUCAAUGCGAUGGACGAUGUUCAGGCAUCCAAAUUGAAGGCAUUGAAAUUUGGUGGACUGAAAUCGUAUGGACGACACGCAUCGGAUCUCUUACCUCUCUUAGCAAAAACGUUAAUCAAUCUGGAAGUAUUGGAUGCUCAAGGAUGUACGCACUUGUUUGACGAUGAUUUUGAAAAGUUCGCUCUGGCACUUCAAGAAGUGGGCAGGAAGAGCUCGAUCACGCAUCUUAACUUAUCUGGAUGUACAGCCUUAAAAGGAAAAUUCUUGGUUCAUCUAGCUGGAUAUCUACCUCAAUUGAGAUUAUUGGAAUUGGCAAAUUUAUCUGAGAUGUUCAAGGACAAUCAUGAUGAUGGUGAAUUAGAUUUAGUAAAGUUCCUCAAGACUAUUCCUAAGAUUGAGAAGAUCGACUUAGACCAGACUGGUACGCAUGGUGGGAUCAUUGAUAGAGUCCUGGAUGUACUUUCGAGGUGUAGGUCGGAUGAGACGGACGAGACUGUUGGGAAGAAUUUGAAAGAGUUGAGGAUUGGUGGGAGUAAGGAUGUAACUAGUGAGGGGUUGUGUAGGUUGAUUAGGAGUUGUGGGAAUUUGGAAGUGUUGGAGAUUGAUAACACUCCCGCAGAUAACUCUGUCCUACGUACAUUCCUCAAAUACCAUCCCAAAGGGAACAUAUCAGUCAUCGACUGUAGAUCCAUCACCUCCUCUGAAUUGGACAAGUUGUUGAAGAACACUAGGACGAGAGUAGGGUAUGAAGGAUGGGAUUUCACUCCGUUCGAAUACCAAACUAAGGAACUAUCCUCGCAAGGAGGGAAAGCGACGGUGAAGAGUUUCCAGGGGUGGAGGAAUACGACGAUACCCCGGGAUUGGAGGGAGAUAAGAAAUGAUCUGGAUAAGGUACAACAUGCAAAGGAUGAAGGAGUGAUCGAGAGGGACAAAGAGAAGGAGAAGAAAGAAAGAAAGAAUACUUGGUGGUCUAGUACUUCCACUUCUACUUCGUCUGGUGAAACUGCUGUAACGGGAACGAUGGAUUUGGAUGGGGUCUGGGAUGGAGAGGGUGAUGGAGAGGGUGGAGGUAGGGGAUGUGUGAUCAUGUGA